AUGGCCGACACACUUCGAUCUUAUCAAACACGAUGUCCGCCCCUUCGGCAGGCCCGAGGGACGGUACUUAAUACUAUAAUGGAGGAUACUCGCGAGUCACAGUUCGGUGAAAAGGCCAACAGUCCACAGAAACCUUUGAGUCCGAAGUUGACGUUGAAGACCACCGGGUUGGCGGUACCGACUCAUGCCCGACUUGCCCGCAUGAUGUCGCCUCUGUCAGCGGCGACAGUUUCAUCAUGUUGCUCGGAUAUGGAAUGGCAGCAGCAGAUGCAGGGAUUCGACGAUCUAUAUGAUGCAACCGACGAGGAAGAUAUAGAUGAUGAUAACUCGACCGAAAUCAGUUCAUCCUGUUUCUCCCAAGCGACACGCCCCUCGAGUUUAGUGACACCGAUCACAAGGGAUUCAUACACAUCAACUGGCAGUCGAAGACGCUCUCUUACUCUUCAGAUUCCUCCAUCCAAUGUCUGGCCUUCGAUCACUGGAGGCCACAAGAGCUCGCCGAUCCCUCCAACGCCUCCGCCCAAGAUUCCUGUCUCUCCCCUUGCGCUUUCAAUGCUGACUCGAGCCGUUCCUGCAUCCUACGCACCGCCUUCCCUGGAUGGAAGUAUUUCGUCGGACCAAGAAUCGAACCUCAGUGCGCUCGCGACUCCUGAUACACACUCCCUUCCCGACUGGGAUGCGAUGGAUAUCCAUGUCCGGCCUGACUUGGACGGAAGCGAAGAUGAGCUCGAGGAGAACUCGGAUCUCCAGGCUAUUCCAAUCACCAUCGAGAACCCAGAAGAUGUUGACUGGCGCAACGUCUUGGGAAGUUUCCCACAAAUCCCAACUGCUCUUCAAAGCUAUGACGAGCCGUCCCGAGAACCAACUCCCUCGGAUCAGGGUGUUUUCCUUCCAGAUGGAGCUCUAGCGAUGCUCCACCAUAUUCAGCUCGAUGGUGCACAAGAGGCUUGGUCAGAGAGCUCCGAGGGUAACGAUGAGAUGUGGCAAUUGCAGGCACCUCCUAGCCGCCCUCGCAGUGCAGACGGCGCCACUCCGGCGUCGGCAAUGUCAAGCUAUAGUUUUAGUGAGCUGAGCAUUCCUUCCCCUGGUGGGUUCUUUGCUUCGCUCGCUCCACGUGCCCGGCAUACCUGGUCUAUGGCUCCUUCCAACUUGCCCCCCUCAUCAGCCGUUGCAAAGGAAUUUUACAAUUUGCCAUGGCGCCGGGAUGACGACGAGGUAGUCGAGCAGGUCAUUGACUGGCCUCAACGUGCAGACGAAGAUCCUGUUACUGCAGUGCGGGAUGAAUCAGGACCCCCUACUGCGAUCCGAAUUCCAGGUGAUACUCCCACCCAACCUGCUCACCAUGACAGCCCAAUGAGUGCGACUUUUGAAGCAGUCCAGGAGAUUCCCCGCUCUGCAAACUUGCCUGAGUAUGACGAAUCCUACGACCAAGACCUGCAGGACCGUGCGGCCGACAGCCUUGACCGAACCAGCGUCUGGCUUGCUGCGCAAGCCACUUACAUGGCGGCUUUAAGUGAAACCAACCCCGUGAACGAGAUUGAGUCUGAAGUUGAGCUUAAAGUUUCCAUCGUGGAGGAACGACCUGAGGUGCAGGAUACCCUCACCAAGAAAGUAGUUCGAUUCAUCGAAGGCACCCCGGCUCCAACGAGCCCCCUUCCUGCUCUGCCUGCCGUAGUCCCCACCAAAGAUUCAAUUUACUGGCGCGGCUUUCAAUCAAUUCUUGAAAGGGCUGAUGAGCCUGAUGGUUUCCUCCACCGUAACAUGCGUUACGAUGCGGUUCAAUCGUUCCGUCUCGGCCUGCUUGACAAUCAUAUCAACUGUUUGACAGGAAAAUAUGACCUUGUCCGUCCCGAACGACCGGCUUACAGGGGACCUUUCUCAAAGGCACCUCGGAACUCGACCAUUGCCUCAGUCCUGGCUGAGCAGGCUCAGUUCUCCAAGCUCGAAAAGGAACAACUCGUUCUUGCCCAGCUCUGCGAGCCCAUGUGGGCAAUGGAAUCCCUCCGCAGUCUCAACGGUGGCAAGCUACUCACCAGCCCCGCUGAGAAGCACAUUGCAAGGACAAACAAGACCAAAUACACGCAGGAGCAGAAGCGCAAAAUCCGCAUCCUCGACCUCGGUGGACAGUCGUCCUGCGAAUGGGCAUGGCAUGUCGCGCAAGAGUACCCCAAAGUCACGGUUUACUCUGUCAACAACAAGACUCAAGUCGUCAAUAAGGAGAUCAAGGGCCCAUCAAACCACCGCGUGGUAUCCGUGGCAAACCUGUGGGAGCUACCAUUCGGAGCCAACAAGUUCGAUGUCAUCACCACGCGCUCCCUGCACGCCCUCCUCAAGACCGAAUGCCCCACUGGCUUCGAUCGCGAUGAAUACGACCUCGUCUUGAAUGAAUGUCUUCGCUGUCUCAAGCCAGGCGGCUACUUAGAGUACAUGCUUCUCGACGCGGAGAUCUCCCGCGCAGGAACUCAAUCAUCAGCCCCAUCCGUCGAGUUCGCCUCCGCCCUGCGCAGAAACGGCUACGACCCCAACGCCUCAAAGAGCUUCCUCAACCGUCUCCGCAAAACCGGCUUUGUAGGAAUCAAGCGCGCCUGGAUGUUCCUUCCAAUGGGCAUGGAGCCAAUCGAAACCCAGCCACCACGUGAAACACCAGCGCCUCGAGUCCAGAGCCAGAUUGAAGAGUACGAAGCCGUGCAGGGACCUAUCGGCAGCACGGGGGAUGUGGCCAGUAUCACUGGGUUACUAGGUGGAUGGAUGUGGGAGCAAUGGCUUGUUAGAUUGCGAAUGGAGAUGGGGAGGGAACGGGGGCAGUUGCUAGAGGGUGUUGGGGCGAUCUUUGAUGAGGGAAGGAAGAACGGUGCAGGAUGGACUUGUCUGUCUGGUUGGGCCAUGAAGCCGAAGCAUACGAGUGUGGGCCGUUGA